AUGACCGGAGUCAGUCCAGAAGCAAUGGUCCACCAGCUCAAGGUAGACCCAGAUCACCCACCAGUGAAGCAGAAGAGAAGGAAAUUCGCACCAGAGCGUAACCAAAUUGUCAAUGAAGAGGUCGAGAAGCUACUGAGCAAUGGUCACGAACUCCUUAGUUUCAUAGACGCCUUCUCAGGAUACAACCAGAUCUUGAUACACCCAGACGACCAAGAAAAGACAGCCUUCAUCAUGGAAAGGGGGACCUAUUGCUAUAAGGUAAUGCCAUUCGGCCUCAAGAACGCCUGGGCCACCUACCAGCGGCUGGUAAAUAAGAUGUUCGCCGAGUGUCUUGGAGACACCAUGGAGGUAUACAUCGACGACAUGCUCGUCAAGUCACUGAUAGCCAAACAGUACCUCGACCACCUUAGCCAAACAUUCGCCGUCCUCAGGAAGUACAACAUGAAGCUAAAUCUAGCCAAGUGCUCAUUCGGGGUCUCGUCAGGACAGGUUGCUGGCUUGAGCUGCUUCAUCUCCAGAUCAGCCGACAAGUGCCAUCUCUUUUUCCAUGCUCUCAAGAAGUCCAAGAAGUUUGAGUGGACCGUCUCUUGCGAAGUAGCCUUGCAACAGCUGAAAAGGUACCUGACCUCCCCUCCGCUCCUCUCCAAACCUGUGGACGGGGAGAAGCUCUACUUUUACAUAGCGGUCUCAAAGACAGCCAUCUCAACAGUACUUGUUCGGGAAGAAGAAACGAAGCAGUUGCCAGUCUAUUAUGUAAGCAAGUCACUCCUUAACGUAGAAAAACGGUACAGUCAGCUGGAAAAAUUAGCCCUCGCCCUCAUCCAUGCAUGCAGGAAGCUCAGGCCAUACUUCCAAUGUCACUCAAUAGUUAUACUCACCUCUUUCCCACUCAAGAAGAUACUGCACAAACCAGAGCUAUCAGACCGACUCCUACAGUGGACAGUAGAGCUCAGUGAGUUCGACAUAUCAUACCAGCCUCGCACCGCCGUCAAGUCCCAGGCACUAGCUGAUUUCACCCCGAAUACCACCACCCAAGCAGAGAGUGAGUUGUUAUGCAUGAACAGCAGACCACCCUCCAAGUGGACUCUCUUAGUGGACGGCUCUAGUAACGUAAAUGGAAGCAGAUUUGGAUUAGUAUUGAUUGCGCUAGAAGGAGACAUGAUCCAACGGGCAAUACGGUGUGGGUUCAAGUGCACAAACAACGAAGCCGAAUAUGAGGCCCUCAUAGCUGGACUUUCCUUAGCCAAAGAAAUUGGAGCAAAGAGACUAGAGGUGAAGUUUGAUUCCCAGCUCGUGGUCAGUCAACUGCAAGGCACGUAUCAAGCACACGACUCAAAGAUGACAUCUAACUUGAGCAUGGUCAAGGAGCUACAGGCCCAAUUCGAUGAGUUCUCCAUCGUCCAAAUCCCUAGAGCGAAAAACUCCCACGCUGAUGCCCUUGCCAACCUCGGUUCAGCCCUCAAAUAUUCUUCCCAGUCAUCCAUCCCUCUAUUAUUCAUGCAGUGGCUCACCAACUGGAAGGAACAACAACCAAACAAGCUGCCCGAGGAAGCCAUGGGUGUUGAACUAGCCGACUACUGGAUGACUCCUAUAGUGAGAUACUUGGAACACGACAAACUCCCAGCCGACAAGAACGAGUCACGACGACUAAAAGCAAGAGCCGCCAGAUUCACCAUACAUGAAGGCCAACUCCUUAGAAAGUCAUUCUCGGGCCCCUAUCUCAAGUGCACAAGCCCAGAAGAGGCCCAACGUGUCCUUGCCGAGCUACAUGAAGGCGAAUGUGGAAACCAUGCUGGGGAACGUAGCCUUGCACACCAGGUGAUCACUGCUAGAUAUUACUAG